AUGCGUCAAAAGAGAGCUAAGUCAUAUAGAAAACAACUUCUUGUUUACAGUCACACAUUUAAGUUCCGUGAGCCGUAUCAGGUUUUAGUUGAUAAUCAACUUGUUUUGGAAUGCAAUGGAUCUAAUUUUAAUCUACCGAGUGGGUUGAAAAGAACCUUGCAAGCAGAUGUAAAGGUUAUGAUCACACAGUGUUGUAUACAAGCGUUAUACGAAACUAGAAAUGAAGGCGCAAUUGAUUUGGCAAAACAAUUUGAAAGACGUCGUUGUAAUCACUCUUUCAAAGAUCCAAAAUCGCCCGCAGAUUGUAUCGAAAGCGUUGUUGACAUCAAUGGUGCAAAUAAACAUAGAUAUGUGGUUGCUUCCCAGGACAUAGGUUUGAGAAGGAAGCUGAGGAAUGUCCCAGGUGUUCCGUUAAUCCAUUUAACCAGGUCCGUUAUGGUUAUGGAACCACUUAGUACGGCAAGUGCUAAGGCAAGCAAGAUGACCGAAGAACGAAAAUUGUAUAAAGGUCUCAAUGACCCUAAUGUUGAUAAAGUUCAAGAAAUUAGUGAGGGAUCAGGCAAGGAAUCCGUCACCAAAAAAAGAAAAUUUGGCCCAAAGGCUCCUAAUCCUUUAAGUGUAAAGAAGAAGAAGAAGGCUUACUCAACAAGUGAUGAAGCAAGAGGCAAAGAAGAUACUUCUAAGGAAAAGAAAAGAAGAAGAAGAAAACAUGGAAGCCACACCAACUCUAUCACAAACAGGACAACAGCCGCCUAA